UCAACGUCGGCGAACCGCGCCCUCAGCGCGGAUCCAGUGCCGCCCGAGAAGAAUACGUAGUUCUCCGUACACUCUCCGUAUGGGUAACAAGGUGGUUACAUUCACCGAGGAGCAGCUCGAAGAUUACCAGGACUGCACCUACUUCACCAGAAAGGAAAUCCUGAGAGUGCACAAGCGAUUUCGUGAGCUAGACAUGCAGAGGGUGCCGGCAGUGAUGACGGGAGACGAAGCCCACACCAUCGACGUGCCCAUGGAGAAGAUCGAAAAGAUGCCCGAACUCAAGGAGAACCCGUUCCGACAACGGAUAUGCAAGGUGUUUUCGCACGACGGCAGCGGAAACAUGACGUUCGAUGACUUCUUGGACAUGCUCUCAGUCUUCAGUGAGCCAUCGCCCCGUGAUGUCAAGGUCUUCUACGCUUUCCGGAUUUACGAUUACGACGAAGACCAAAUGCUGGGCCCUACGGAUAUAGAGAAGACCACCAUAGCUCUGACGAGGAACCAGCUGACACCGGAUGAGGUUCAGACAGUGGUGGACAAAGUUCUCGAAGAAGCCGAUAUCGAUGACGAUGGGAAACUCUCCUUCACGGAGUUCGAGCAUGUCAUCACAAGAGCUCCAGACUUCGUCAGCGCCUUCCAUAUAAGGAUAUAAAAUCGAAGAGGCAAGGAAGAUGAUCGGCAACAGGAUGACAUAUUGACGGAGCCUUUACCACAUCUAGUACUAAUCAAUCAUGGAGGAGUGUCGUAGCAAGACUACAAAGGCGAAGACGCAGGCUGACGAAGGCAGACGAAGACGAAGGCUGUUGAGAACAGGUGGUAUCGGCAACAGCCGAAAACGUCUGCAGAGCAAAAAUGUUUGUAGUAAAGUUACAAAUAAAAUAACCGGCAGCCGC